AAACACAAGAGUGCUCAAUAUUGAGCAAUAAUGUACUUUUUACAACGUACAAGUCUCCUAUAUUGAGCAAACUCUGACUAUUUACUCUUUUUUUUCCUUUUUAAGUUUUGAUCAUUCUUGUUGAGUAAAGUUUGCUCCAAUUUUUGUCUAUUUUUAGUUUUGCUCAUUCUUGAUGAGUAAAGUUUGCUCCAGUGGCAUUAAAUUUUACUUAACUCUGUGUAAAUUGCACUCCCAGAUUUACACUGCCUCCACGAAAAGCCCUGCACAGCACGCGGCCGCAUAGGAAAAAAACCAUGUGUGCAUAAUACUAAAGGCCAUAUAGAUCUAUUAGUACCCAACCUGAGUACACAGCGGUGAAAUGGCGGACGACAAAGUUGCUUCGUUGUUGAGGAAAUGGGAGCUGACCGACCAAAUCGUCAAUUUUAGAAAUUGUGGCAUUGACUCAUCAGCAUUCAAGCUGCUUGAUGCAAAUCUCGUGAAGGACGUGAUCCCGCAGUUGGGUCCAAGACUUAAAUUCAUUAACCGUUUUGAUGACUGGAAGAGAAAGGAUAAAGCAAACGAUUCUGCAGAAUCUAUACUGACAGGCAUGCAGAUGGGCUGGGAGUCACCCGAGCUGUCUGAUGAUUUCAUGAUAUCAGAUGUGGAAUCAGUUGCUUUAGACCUUUCUCAGGCUUCAACUAUUGCAGUAGAUGAAGAUUCAUGCUCAUCAGUAGUCAAUGAUUUGAACAGCAGCAGUGACACGCCACCACUCAAGCGCCAGAAAGCAGUAAGAUACGAUGUGGGUGAAAUUCUAAAGAAAACCAUGGAAGGAAGAAAAACGUUGGCGGAAGUAACUCGAAUGAAAGUCUGCGCACCACACAACACUCGUGUCGUCUGUAAUUUGUGUACAGAGCACCUUGUAAACUUGCAUGGCCUAAGACCUGGCCCUGACAUGAAACGGGCAAUGGCCUCCUCAAUCGUCGCAGAAUUCCCCUUCUUGAAAGAUCCAGCUGGAAAUGGAGAUGAGGAAUGGUACUUCAAAAGCUCCAAAUGUCCUGCAGGUGGUAGGAUAGAGAAUAGACUCAAGUAUUUAAGAAGAAUAACAGCGGAGAAAGACAAGAAGCAAGUCGGGGUUGGCAGUCCUGAGGAUAUAGCUUCAACAUCUUCCAGUGAGGAUCUAGCAUCUCCUCAGAUGAAUUAUGAUCUUGCAGACAUGAAAGUCAUCACUGAAUGGUUGAAAAGUCAUAACACCCCCCAAAAAGAUGUUGUGGCCAAAAUGCAGCUGACAUCAGCAUACAGAAAGGACUUUGUACAUUCAACACUGCCGGGAAGUUCCAGACAAAAGCCUUUUGUGGCUGAAGUGCUGGAUGAGUUUCCACAUCUCCUUUCCCCUGGAAUGAUUGAGCAAGACUACGAAAUGCUGUUUUCGGGGAGAGGAAAGCACCUCUAUACAAAGUGGCCGGUGGUGUCUGCGUGCAUCCUAGAAUAUGCAAACCGAGUAAGCCCAGGGUGGAAGGCCAGAUUUAACGUUCAGCAUAGAAAAGACACAGACUUCAGUCAAGAUGAGAGGAUGAACCUGGCAUUUUGCCUUCUCUCGCAUUUGUUCCCUGGAAAGAAGUCAACAAAGGGAGGAAGAGCUUCCAUCCAAGAAGCCUUGGAUAAUUUCAUUGACUUUCAAAAGGAGGGGACCAAUGUAGAGGCAUAUAAAUCUACGCAUGGGAGAAAGCAACCGUUCAUCCUGGCCCUAGGAGGACACUACGGCAAUCCAGCUCAGACUUUUGUUGUAUUGGAGAACCACGUUCUUGAGCAGAAGAGUCUCAUUGCAGCUGUAGAUUUGUGCUACAAGAUCUUUCAGAUCUUUGAUCUACAGUAUCCAUGCCAGGCGCGGGCAAUGUGGGUCGUAAUGGACACCAUUGCUUUUGAUGUCAAACCAGGAGGUCAAGAAUCUGGUUCAGUGAGAGCCUUCAGGGCAUAUUACCAUUUCAACCAGAAAUGAAGCCUUGGAAUGUGUUGUUCUAUCAACAGGCCUUUUGAUAUUGAAAUGAUCACUUAGAAAAUUGUCAUUAAAAAGAAAACGGAUUUAUGAACCCCAAACUAUUAUAAUAUUUUGAAAGAGUAACUCCUCCCACAUCUUCGGUACCAUUUUUGUGUGGUAUGUGUUUACGCUUGGAUGAACAUAGCACAUUGAUCAAAAGAUGUAAAAAGUGUCAAAGUAGGGGUGUAGUAAAAAUAACCCCCCAAAAAACAACCCCACACAUAUCAAACUGGUGUAACUUUUUAACGGAACAGUAUUGAGCAAAAUAACUUAAAAGAAGUGUUCUUACACCUAACAACUACAUUCUGUGUAAAAAAUGAGAUAGAUCCGUGGAGCCAUUCACGAGUGAGCACACGUCAAAGAAAACAAUGAUCACUUUUCAAGAGUAUCAAUAGUCCUUUUUAUGUCUAUAAGUGACCAUUUUCUCUUUGAUGUGUGCUCACUCAUAGAAUACUUGAUAGAUCAAUCUAAUCUUUACACAGAAUUUAGUCGAUAGGUGUAACAGCACUCUUGCUAAGUUACUUUGCUAAAAACCUUUUCGUUAAAAUGUUAUGCCACUUUGAUAAGGAUGGAGUUGCUUUUUUGUUGUUUUUAUUUUUUGGCACAAGUCGAAUUAUACAUGUUCGCAAACAAUGCACCAUGUUCAACCAAGCGUAAACACAUUCCACAUUAAAUGGUGACGAAGAUGCGGGAAAAGUUACUCUUCCAAAAUAUGUAUAAUUUGGGGUUCAUAAAUUGGUUUUCUUUAUAAUGAAAAUUUUCUAAGUGUUUAGUUUUUUUUAGUCACUUUGUAAUGCAGCACAGUUUUUAGAUUUACAAUUCCUGUUGUUAUCUUAGGAUUUUAAUAACAUCAUAUUCAUGUUCUUUGGAAAAACCAAUCAUACAGAAAGAUGCUUUGCAAUGCGCUCUCCAUUGUUCUCUCAAAUAAUCAACAACUCUUCGAAUUUGUAACAUUUUGAAUUAGCAUUGGUUUUUAUAUGAGGGCAACUCUUGUGUUGCAUAUUGUCCUGGGCAUGUUUCAUUGUUGUAGUUAUAUGCAGCCAAAACGUUAACAGCAUAUAUUGAGAUUUUUAUUGUGAACCAAAUUUAUGGCUUAUGUACAUGCCAUUUUCUGUAUUUGUUAAUUAUAUAUAUGCCAAUACAACAAAAUACAAACAAAAAUGUGGCCAGGACUACUUCACACAAAUGGGGCAAACAUCAUGGUUUUUGCGAAACCCAUAAACUGGCACUGGUAUGAAGCCAUUCUACUAAUUCUGAGUGGAUAUUGGGUGUGAGUGCAUUAGUGAAAAUGCCAAAAUAAUAGUGACCACGGUUUCUAUCAGCUACAUUUUGAGUGUUUUUCUUCUUGUAAAAACAAUGAGAAAUUACAUGGAACAGAUGCUUCAGCCUUCUUCAAUUUUGACACAAAAUUGCACACUCUUUCAUGCUGUGAAAAUUUGUUAGAAUCAGCUUGAAUAUGAAAUUUUUGAAAAAUGGAAGAUUAAAAAAAUUGUAUUUUUUCUGUCCUAAGCGUAUUUAGUGUUAAAGAACAAGAGCCAUUUUUUCUUGUUUGCUCUGCAGAUUAUUGAAGUUCUUUUGAGGUCAAAUUUUAGAGGGUAGACUAUAAUCAUCUGAUCAUUAUCUCUAAAUGCUAAAUACAAAAGUGCCUUAUUUUUCUAAUUAUGCAACUACCUUUUACUUCUUGUUUCUACAAUAAUAAAUGUUGGGCUUCUUUUUUUCUCUCUCCUUUUUUUUUAGGCUGAAUUUCCUUAGAUUUCUUAAUGUUCUGUGUUUUGAUAUGCAUUUUAAUAUUUGCUUUCUUGUGUUGCAUAUUGUCCUGGGCAUGUUUCAUUGUUAUAGUUGUAUGCAGCCAAAAUGUUAAAAGCAUAUAUUGAGAUUUUUAUUGUGAACCAAAUUUAUGGCUUAUGUACAUGCCAUUUUCUGUAUUUGUUAAUUAUAUAUAUGCCAAUACAACAAAAUUCACAUUCCCAUGUGGCCAGGACUACUUCACACAAAUGGGGCAAACAUCAUGGUUUUUGCGAAACCCAUAAACUGGCACUGGUAUGAAGCCAUUCUACUAAUUCUGAGUGGAUAUUGGGUGUGAGUGCAUGAGUGAAAAAGCCAGAAUAAUAGUGACCACGGUUUCUAUCAGCUACAUUUUUAGUGUUUUUCUUUUUGUAAAAACAAUGAGAAAUUACAUGGAACAGAUGCUUCAGCCUCCUUCAAUUUUGACACAAAAUUGCAUACUCUUUCAUGCUACGAAAAUUUGUUAGAAUCAGCUUGAAUAUGAAAAUUUUUGAAAAAUGGAAGAUUAAAAAAAAUUGUAUUUUUUCUGUCCUAAGCGUGUUAAGUGUUAAAGAACAAGAGCCAUUUUUUCUUGUUUGCUCUGCAGAUUAUUGAAGUUCUUUUGAGGUCAAAUUUUAGAGGGUAGACUAUAAUCAUCUGAUCAUUAUCUCUAAUUGCUAAAUACAAAAGUGUCUUAUUUUUCUAAUUAUGCAACUACCUUUUACUUCUUGUUUCUACAAUAAUAAAUGUUGGGCUUCUUUUUUUCUCCCUUCUUUUUUUUAGGCUGAAUUUCCUUAGAUUUUUUAAUGUUCUGUGUUUUGCAUUUUAAUAUUUGCUUUCUUGUUAUAAGAUGAAAAAAUUAAAAGAUCUUUUUGU